AUGGACCCAAGAAUCUCCUUCUCCAAUGAUUUUGUGGUUGCCCAACAAACAACCAAGCGUGAAAAUAUAUACAGAGAAGCUCCUGUCUCUUCGGAUUUCGAAUUCUCUGUCAAGAACUAUUCCAUGAUAUCAGCAGAUGAAGCCUUUUUCCAAGGCAUGCUGUUGCCUCUGAAGAGUGACUGUUCCAAUAAGAAGAUGACUUUAAGGGAUGAGCUUCUUGUCAAUGAUGACUAUGAGGACGCAUUACCAAGAUUACCAAAGAGUUCAAGCCGGUGGAAGGAGCGAUUAGGCCUCAGGAAGGGUGCAUCUAAGAAAGAUAAGAAUAAGCGUGAUGGGUUUCUUCAGAGAGUUGCUGAUGAAAAAGGACCAACUUUUGGACAAGAAGACAUGACUGCUAGCAAAGACAAUAUGGAACUGUGUUAUGAAGAAGGAGUACAUUGCAGAGUUGAAGAAAUUCCAUGA